AUGUUGCUGCUUCUGUUUCUCCCGUCCAUAGAGGCUCUGACCUCUGAGGAGAACUUUUCCUGCUCUUGUUUUAUUUACUGUUGCCUGAAUCUCUCUCUGCCUACAGGGCUCCAGAAAUCGCCUCCAGAUUAUUACGUGCAAAUGCCAGCGGCAGUGACAGUGCAGGAGGGCUUGUGCAUCACCAUUCUCUGUACUUUCCAUCACCCUCCAACCUCCUCUUCUGCAGCUCAUGGAUAUUGGUUUAAGGAGAGGUCCAAUACCAAUGUAUCCCAACCUGUGGCUACAAAUGAUCCAACGCGAAAGGUGCAGGAGGCAUUUAGGGGACGAUUCCACCUGGUCGGGGACCCUCAAUACCCGCACACUGCGCAUCAUAGACGUUUGAAAGAAGACAACCUGACAGAGAAGCCAGUCAUCUACAGUCCAGAGCCCCUGGAGGAGGGCCAGCUGGCGACCUUGGUCUGUUUAGCCCCCUGGAUAUGUCCGGAGGGGACACCCCCGACCUUCUUCUGGACCGGGGCCGCCGUCCCUUCCCUGCAGCCCAGUUCACCUCUCCCAGCCUAUCUGGGCCGAAGCUCCAGGACCAUGGCAGCAACCUCACCUGUGGGAUGA